UUUUCUAGAAGCUUCCAACGGGGAGCUUCGAGAAACCACCCCUAAAGUAUAAAAAGACAUGAGCAUGGCCUGGCGGUCUGCAUAGAGUCAAAGGACACUCACUUGAACACACAUCAAGACAGAGUUGACUACCCACAGGAGCAGCAGUGAAGAGCAGACUUGGAACUCUUUGAGAAGAAAAGACAAGAAGAGCAGUCUGUUUGACGAUUUGCCUGAAAAAAAAUCAAAGAUUUUAAUCAAGAUGCCUGAGAAUGCUGGACACAUUAUGGAGGAAGAAGUGGAGACCUUUGCCUUCCAGGCUGAGAUCGCUCAGCUCAUGUCCCUCAUUAUUAACACCUUUUAUUCAAACAAAGAAAUCUUCCUUCGGGAGCUCAUCUCCAACUCCUCAGAUGCCUUGGAUAAAAUCAGAUAUGAGAGCUUGACAGACCCCAGCAGACUUGAGUCUUGCAAGGAGCUGAAAAUUGAAAUCACGCCAGACCUGCACGCUCGCACCCUGACCAUCGUUGACACGGGCAUUGGCAUGACCAAGGCCGACUUAAUUAACAACCUGGGCACCAUUGCCAAGUCAGGCACCAAAGCUUUCAUGGAGGCUCUGCAGGCAGGAGCUGACAUCUCCAUGAUUGGUCAGUUUGGUGUGGGUUUCUACUCUGCAUAUCUGGUAGCUGAGAAAGUCACGGUGAUCACAAAACACAACGAUGAUGAGCAGUACGUGUGGGACUCUGCGGCUGGUGGCUCAUUUACAGUCAAGCCUGACAAUGGAGAGCCCCUGGGCAGAGGCACAAAAGUUAUCCUUCACCUCAAAGAAGAUCAGACAGAAUACUGCGAGGAAAAGCGGAUCAAGGAAGUAGUCAAGAAGCACUCACAGUUCAUUGGCUACCCUAUUACACUAUUUGUUGAGAAAACAAGAGAGAAGGAAGUGGAACUUGAGGAGGGAGAGAAGGAAGAGGAAGUUGAGAAAGAUGCUGCAGAGAACAAGGACAAACCAGAUAUUGAAGAUGUGGGCUCAGAUGAAGAUGAAGACUCCAAAGAUGGCAAAAACAAGAGGAAGCAGAAGGUCAAGGAGAAAUACAUUGAUGCUCAGGAGCUGAACAAGACCAAGCCCAUCUGGACCCGCAACCCAGAUGACAUCACCAAUGAAGAGUAUGGAGAGUUUUACAAGAGUCUCACCAAUGACUGGGAGGACCAUCUGGCUGUUAAGCAUUUCUCAGUGGAAGGUCAGCUGGAGUUCCGUGCUUUGCUCUUUGUACCAAGGAGAGCUGCCUUCGACCUGUUUGAAAACAAGAGAAAGAGAAAUAACAUCAAGCUUUAUGUGCGGAGGGUCUUCAUCAUGGACAACUGUGAAGACCUGAUUCCAGAGUACCUCAAUUUUAUUAAGGGUGUGGUGGACUCUGAGGAUCUGCCCCUGAACAUCUCAAGAGAGAUGCUGCAGCAGAGCAAGAUCCUGAAGGUAAUUCGCAAAAACCUGGUCAAGAAGUGCCUGGAGCUGUUUACUGAAAUGUCAGAAGACAAGGAUAACUACAAGAAGUUCUAUGAGCAGUUCUCCAAGAACAUUAAGCUUGGAAUCCAUGAGGACUCCCAGAAUAGAAAGAAGCUGUCAGAUCUGCUGCGCUACUAUACCUCAGCCUGUGGAGAUGAGAUGGUUUCCCUGAAAGACUAUGUCUCUCGUAUGAAGGACAACCAGAAGCACAUCUACUACAUCACUGGUGAGACCAAAGAUCAGGUGGCCAACUCUGCCUUUGUGGAGCGUCUCCGUAAAGCUGGCCUGGAGGUCAUCUACAUGAUUGAGCCUAUUGAUGAGUAUUGUGUUCAGCAGCUGAAGGAGUAUGAUGGCAAGAACCUGGUCUCUGUGACCAAGGAAGGCUUGGAACUUCCAGAAGAUGAAGAAGAGAAGAAGAAGCACGAGGAGCUAAAAAAUAAGUUUGAGAAUCUUUGCAAGAUCAUGAAAGAUAUCCUUGACAAAAAGAUUGAAAAGGUUGUAGUUUCCAACCGCUUGGUUGCUUCCCCCUGCUGCAUUGUCACCAGCACAUAUGGCUGGACAGCAAACAUGGAGAGGAUCAUGAAGUCUCAGGCACUGAGGGACAACGCCACCAUGGGUUACAUGACCGCCAAGAAACACCUUGAGAUUAAUCCUUUACAUCCCAUCAUUGAAACGCUGAGAGUGAAAGCAGAGGCUGACAAGAACGAUAAGGCUGUGAAAGACCUAGUUAUCCUCCUUUUCGAGACCGCCUUGUUAUCCUCAGGUUUUACUCUGGAGGACCCCCACACUCAUGCCAACCGCAUCUACAGAAUGAUCAAGCUUGGUCUUGGAAUUGAUGAUGAUUCUGCAGUUGAGGACCUCAUUCAGCCAGCUGAUGAAGACAUGCCAGUCCUGGAAGGAGAUGAUGAUACAUCAAGAAUGGAGGAAGUUGAUUAAAAUGCUUGUUAGACUUUUCUAAGUCUUGCCUAGUUGUUAUUUUUGUAAGUCCAAUUGCUUCCUAAAAGGAUUUUAUAUUUACCAUAACUUUUAUUUUUGUUCAAAGUGUCAACUUGUCAAGUUUUUGUUUUAUUUAUGCAUACCAUGAUGUUGUUUUAAUGCUCAUCUUAAUAUAUAUUUACUUGGACGUUUCGAGUACAUAAGAGUAAUGACUUAUUCCUCUUUUUGUAUCUGUUACAUUUUAUAUGUAAGGCUGUCAAAUUUAUAAUAAAAUAGAUUUACAAAUAAAA